UCAACUAUAUAAGGAGCAGCAGUCCUGAUCAAGACACACUCCACCUGCGACGCUCCACCAAAGCCCUGCUGAGAUUUUGUGAGACCUCGUGACACCCAAAAAAUGUCUGACCGGCAAUUGAGCUACCAUGGACAUGAAGAUGAAGAAGAAUAUGAUGAAGAAUGUGACGUACCUCGUGAGGAAAAGCAAAAGACAGGAAGACACAAGAUAACAUGGAAAAACAAAAAGGGUGGUACAAAAAAGCCCAGGGUGCAACUUGCCUCAGUUAAUGUUGAUGUGAUCGACACGCUUAAUAUGAUUGACACAUUUGACAGACCAGGAGGUGCCUGUGCAGAAAGCAACUAUGCUCGAAGUGGAACAUAUUCGUCAGCUUUUGAAAAUGAACCAGGAAAGAGGAUUCCCAAGAUUGGAGCUUAUGCAGAAGCAGGAGUUGGACGAGCUCGUGCUGAAUACAGUGUAUUCGAGGCUGAAGCCAAAGGUCCCAACGCCUCAGCUGGAGCUGAAGCCAGUGUGAUUGGAGUCGGAGCAAUGGCUCGAGCUGAAAUUGCCAGUGCAUCGGCUAAAGCCGGUCCAGUUGGUGCGAAACUGGGACUUGGAUUUGAUACGGGUGCAUCUGUUGGUCUGGGAGGGGUGGAGGCCAAAUUCCUGGGAACUGGAUUCUCAAUUGGUCCAAAAACUGGUAUAUCUGUUCUGGGUUCAGAAGUAAAAGUGUCUUGUGUAGUCAUGUAGUCACACAGGUAUUAAUUACUUUUGAAUAUUAUAUGUGAAACCACCUGAGUUUUUUUUUAUACUAAUGUUUUUCAUUUUAUAUUUAUAUAACUGUUGAGACUUGUUUUCAUUUGAAAAUAAGCAUAUCUGGUUAUGCUUAUGCAGGUAUGUGUAUUGCUUUUCCAGUACUGUCAUUCCCAGUGGAUAUGAUUGUAGGGUGAAACCUGAAAAAAAUAAACUUUACCCAUUUUUAAUACAGUAUCAGUAUUGUUGUUGAGUUAUAAAUAUGCAUUAUUAUACUUCAACAAUAUGGAAACAUAUAAUGUUUUAUUUUAUAUGUCAUAAUCUUACAACUGUUGAAACUUUUGUUUAAGAAUAAAUGUUUGUAUUUGGUUAUGCAGGUAUGUGUAUUGCUUUUCUUUAUACUGUCAUUCCCGGUGUAUAUCUUGUGUUCACAAAACUUUCUAGAG